UUCACUCUGUGGCAGUUGAAGACAAUGGUUGCUCCAAUUACAAUUUUUUUUUCUAAUCUGGAGGAUGCACUCCCUAUUGUUCUCCCUGGCCCUCUCUGUCUGUGCGUGCAAUUUCCAGUAUGCAGCUGCCAUGCCCUCUUAUUUACUAUUACCACCGCUGUUUGUCAGCUGCACCAACCAACUCAACCGUAUCUAUUACCAGCAAAAAGGCAACCUCCAGAGCUUGUGUAUGUGGGACAGAUGCAGGCUGCAGUAUUUAAGAGCUCCAAGCUUCAUUUCAAGGAUUGGGAUGCUCCAGACAAAAUUGCCAUCUUUUUACUGUUGCAGGUACUGGAGUGCCACUUUUAUUCACCAUAUAAUUCCUUGGUCAGGCCAGAUAAUCCUGGGCCCCAAUUUGGCAAGUCAAACCACAUAUCUGCCCCGGGACUCCACCAGCUGCAUCACCCUACAGGAUAUAUCACUUUCUUCUAAAUUACCUGUAUGUCUUCACAGCAACCUGAGCACUGAAGUCUUUGGCCAAGAUGUCCAUCUCUUCCUCCUUUGGUCGCUCAGCCUUUCAAUGCCUGAGUGGCAGCCAGUGCAGCUGGGCUGGUGUGCAUGCCUCAACAAUUCAAGCUGGCACUACUUCUACAGCAGUCCAAGGAGAACCAUGGUCCUUUUUCUUCCCACCAGUGGUUAUCCCUCAGCUGCUCACUGCCAUGAUGGUGAGCUACAGCACCGUUGUGCCUCCUACAUCACCUAUCGCCUGAUGGUGCAUUACAUCCACCAAGCAUUAUCUAUUUCUUCCUUGUAUGCUGAACAAGAGCCUCGGGAAAGCCUUAGCUUAGAUUUGCAGGUGGAACCCACUCUACUACUACUUUUCAGUACCCAUUCCAAAUGGCUCAGGAUCUCUCACAGGACUAUCAGCCUCUCUUGGAAUCUCACAUCUGUUGGCUCCCAAAAAAUGGCCUAUAGACUGCUGGCUCUCAAAGACACAGGGAUUUGGUCUACCUUCUACAACCCAUAUGCUCUGCAGAACAAUUACUCUGUUACCCCCAUUCUACGCCUUUCAAGGAAAAAACUGGUGGCCAACAUGGACUUUUGUACUGAAGAGGCAAGGUCUGUGGACCUGAGUGGAGAGCUAAGCUACACAAGUGCCACCUUAAGUCUGACAUCCAAGAAUGACCCUCCAGUUCACCUUACUCUCAACACACAGAAAAUUAAGGCAGGCACUUAUUUUUUUAGCCAUACAUGGGCACUCUAUUAUUCCACCCAGGAAACAAAUCUUACCAAUGCCUCUGGCAACCUCUCGAGCAUUCACUACAUCUUUUACCAGCAGCAGAGCUUAUCUUACCUGAUCACCAUUGAAUUUCUCAAAUCACAGUGGUAUAAGUUCAACCUACACUUAUAUCUUAAUAGGAAAGGAGGCCUACUGAGGUCCCUUCCAGAGAAAGAUAUAGAAAUCCACAUUUUCAACAGUGGGCCAUCUUUCUUACAAAGUUUGGUCUAUGUUGUGUGGUUUAUUCCUCUGCAACAUCCUCUAUUACACUGCAAAUGGACUUUCAAUUUGCAACUUUUUGAUUCAAGGAGAGAACACCUUCUUCAAAACAGUACUUAUACUUACAGGGAUCGAUUCAGAAAUGCUGCCCAUUUUAUUCCUCACUCUGCUUUAUCCUUCAAUCCUGCCCUGUACACAGGCUUUGUGUCAGAAGUAAAAUGCACAAGAUGUGGGCGUGCGCACGUUAUUUUAAAAGCUACAGUCCAUGCUUAUGCUUCAAAAACCAUGGAAUCCACAGUGGUUUGCCUUCAGAGAAUCUGUUUCAUAAACAAAGUUAAAAUUUUGAAAUCUGGUACUACUAACUCUGUGUUAAAUUAUAGCAAGAGGAAACAUUUUGCUCUCUUUGCGGAUGCCCAGGUGAAUUGUUCAGUUUUGAAACAAAGAAUAUUUUUCUGGAAAAUCUAUAAAGUCCCAAAUGUGAAAACUGCUCCAGACUGGUCAAACCCUUUCAACCCUCCUGGCAUUGGCAGAAGAAAUCACACCAUGAUAAGAGUUCCUGGUUCUAGCUUAGAUUAUGGUUUAUAUCUAUUUAAUUUUACUGUAAAAUUAAUGACAGUGGAUACUCUGGAGACGGUUGAAGGUUCCGAUUCAGUGUUUGUCGAGAUUGGGGCGGGCAGUCUUGUGGCUGUCAUAGCUGGAGGAUAUCUGCAGACAGUUGGCUUUUCCAACAGGUGGACUCUGGAUGGAUCUGCUUCCUCUGACCUCGAUUCAGCCCAGCCUUUUGAAGGACUCGUAUUUACAUGGUACUGUACAAAACAAAAAGCCGAUUACACGUCCAUGGCUCUAAGUGCAAAUGGGAAGUGUCAUCCAGAACAAGCAGAUCUGAAAUGGUCUCGGUCCUGUGAUCCAAUUCAAACUGUGCAACCUGAAACACUUCAGGAAAAUGCUACUUAUUAUUUUCGUUUAAUUGUUCAAAAAGGAAGCCGAACAGCUCAGGCUGAACAAAUGGUACAUGUGCAACCUAGCUCUCCACUUGUGUUGGAUGUUGCAUGCAUUGAAAAUUGUGGUAGAUCAUUAAUACCAACAGAAAGAUUUUGUCUUUCUGGGAAAUGUCUGAAUUGCAGAAGAUCGAGCAGGCCACUCUACCAUUGGUCACUUUUCUCUGGAAAUUCCACUGAACUCCAUUUUGAUUGGGACACUAAAACUACAACUGGGAGAACUAAUUCUUAUAUAUGCAUAAAUCCUUUCAGUUUUGUAGAUAUCCCAGAACAAUCAUACUCUCUUGUCUUAAAAGUGAGUAUACAGGGUGACAAAUCAUCAGUCUAUAAUUAUUUAUUUUUUGUGAAUUCACCACCAUUGGUUGGAAACUGUGUUCUUAACCCUCCCACAGGAAUGGCAUUUCUAACAAAAUUCAUUAUUCAAUGUCAUGGGUUUAAAGAUACACACUUGCCUCUUACAUAUAAAGUCAAAGCAGCACUGGAUACAUUGAACAUUAAUAGAAAGCAUCCCAUAGAAAAGAGCACCUUCGGAACAAUUGUGUAUUUUGGUCAUCAGCCAAAAAUCCCAGCAUCUUUUCUACCCAUUGGUGAACCCUCCAAGCAAUAUGCUUUGACUGUAUAUGUUGAAGUAUAUGAUGCAUUAGGAGCCUAUUCUCAAAUAUCUUUACAGACAACAGUGCAUAGUGUUUUAAAAGGCAAGCAAACUGAUGUCAUUCUAAAUCAGUUAAAUGGUUUAUCCAGUGGACGAACAGCUCCAAUAACAACUUUUCUCAAAAGUGGAGAUUACUUUAGUGCAGGCUAUUUUGUCUACAUGGUAGCUUCUACUUUGAAUGACAUAGAAGGUUUGCAAAGAUUUCAUUCCACGAAGUCUGAACUGCGAGAAAUCCUUCUAAAUAGAUCUAUAGAAAUCCCUACAACAGAAGUAAUGGAAGCAAACCAAAUGAUCUCAUGUAUUUUUCAAAUAACACAGGAAAUCACAGAAGUAAACAGGAAAUCACAAUUACUUGCUGUGAGAAAACUAAAAGAAGUGAGCAAAGAACUGAAAAAGCAUAGGAACAAAGACUUAGGAUCAAAGGAAACUGAGGUUCUUGGCACUGCUAUUCUUGCAGGGUUGUCCAACGUACUGAAAGCUUCUUUGUUAGAACACAAAAAUGUCCACAGAAAUGGAAUUAAGGCAACUAUUUCUACCACCGAGGUUUUAGUCGACUUAAUUUUACACGGAAAAGUACCAGGAGAAAAUGAAACUAUUAUGGAAGUCAAAGAUUGGACCAUUAUUUUGAGGAAGGAUGAGAAGUGGGAUGUUCCCAAUGCUUUCUCUAAAAGAAAAGACAGCAAGAAUUUAUUUUUCCCCAAAAUAAAGCAGGAAGAGGGUGACAAACUACCGGGGGAUGCUGUGGUUUCCACUGUUCUGUAUGAGUUUGACAAGAAUCCUUUUCCUUGGUUGCCAUAUACCAAUGACAUUUGUACUGGGGUAACUGGAUUCAAGAUGACAGCAACCAAAUCUAACGGUGACAUGGUGAAGAUUGUGCCUGAUACAGCUGAAAUAACCAUGAACAUAAACGAUGAGAAGUCUGCCAUUUUUGAGAUUAAAAUAGGGCAAGACAGAAAGCUUUCUGAAGCAACUGGACAAUUUAGUUUUGAAGUAUUUAGGCAGUCCAAAAAUAUUUUCAUCCAGAUUGUCACAAAAAUGAAGCUUACUUUCCAGGUAUUUAUUUAUCUAGGUUUGAAGGUCAACUAUCCUGCUAUCGCUUCUUUUAGUGUUUCCCAUGACAAGCCUUCCAUACCAAAGGUAAAGAAUUUCAAUGACGACGAAUGUGCCCUUCAAACUCCUUAUGUAUUUUGUCUUUCUCAGACAUUGCUCAGAUCCAUUUUCCAAAGCAACACUGCAGAAAAGUUGAACAUCUCCAUUGUCUUAAAAGCAGAUCUUUUUGUAAAGAAUGAAAGGACUCAGCUGAUUGGCAUUCAGGUUUUUACUGCUGACUGCCUGUACCUGGAUGGAGUUGACAGUCAUUGGAAAGAAGGGUUCUGCAGCCUUGGCCCACAGAUCAGCUGGCAAAAGUUACAUUGCAUCUGCACAGGCAAAAGGCGGAUUUCAAGGACUGCAAACCCCCAGCUAAGAACUUCCGGAAAUGACAUCACCUUUGUAGCUGGCAAAGUAACUCCGUACUCUAACCUGGUAGAGACAAAAAUAAUCCAGUCAACCCAGAUCUAUAAAAACCCAGUGACAACCCUGACGGUCCUUUUCAUUUUCAUAACCUACAUCUUCUUGGCUAUCUGGACAAUGAGGAAAGAUAGAGCUGAUGUGGAAAGCAGAGUCCAUGUCAUAGUUUUGCCAGACAAUGGCCCCUUUGACAAAAUGUGCUACCUGGUUACCAUAUUCACAGGCAGUCGUCUGAGAGCAGGAACUACAGCUGAUGUUUUUAUUCAGCUAGUAGGUGAAAGAGCUACCAGUGAUGUACACUGCUUAAAACACCCUGCAUAUCUGACCUUUUCUCGUGGAGCCAUCAAUACUUUUCUCCUGACCACUAAGAAUGACUUGGGGAUUGUUUAUUGCCUUCGGAUCUGGCACAAUAACGCAGGUUCUUCCCCUAACUGGUUCUUGAGUAGAGUGAAAGUGGAAAAUAUAUUCACUAAACAAUGUUGGCUGUUCAUGUGCCAAAAAUGGUUAUCUCUUGAUACGGAAGACAGCCUGAUAGAGAGAUCAUUUGUUUUUACUCAACCAACUGCACCUUUAAACAAAAUGUAUUUCUUUUUAAUAAGCUUUGCCAAUGAUCUGGUAGAUAAUCACUUAUGGCUUUCUAUCUUUGCUCAUGUCUGCACUGGUUCUUUUAACAGGCUUCAGCGAUUAUCAUGUUGUUUACCAAUACUGUUGUGUAUCUUGCUGUUUAACAUUAUGUUCUUCAGUACUGAUGAAGAUCAACAAAGAUUUUCAAAACAACUACACUAUUUGAGACCCAUUAUAUUUGGGAUUCUAGGUGCUUGCAUUUCCUUCCCUUUGCAAAUUACAGUAGCAGCUUUAUUCAAAUAUUCUCAAAAUGAGCCCUCGGCACAGAAUCCAAAACUGGUUCCAUCUAAAGAAUAUUCUGCUUUUAUGCCUGGAAGUCUCAGAAACUGGAAGGAAUAUCUACAAAAAUGGUACCUUAUAGAAACAGCUUCAAAAAUCCCAGGGGAUCAUUUCCAUAUGAGAAUUUUUAGUGCUUCAGAUUCAGAAGCACUAAAUUUGGAACAACAGAAAAAGAUGAAAUGGGAGCAAACUGCAAUAAGUUGCUGCACAAUUUCUGAGGGUGAUGCAAAUAUAAUCGCUGCAGAAGAGGACAUGCCUCAAGAUGCCAAAAGCAACAGCAAUUUUAAAAAUUAUUAUCUGGAGAAGAGCAGAAGUCAUAAAACAAGACCACAAAAUAUUCCCAUCAUGCUGUUUCCUAAAAGGCCACAAAUAAAAAUAUCUUGGUGGAAUAAAUACAUUUUGUGGAUGUUGGUUUUGAUUAUUUCAACACUGUCAUCAUUUUUUAUCAUAUUAUACGGUCUGCCCUACGACUAUGAGACAUCAUUAGAUUGGCUAGCAGCAUCUGCCAUCUCGUUGUGGCUGAGCAUAUUUUUGUUACAACCCCUAAAUAUAGGGAUUUCUUCAGCCUUAAAGACACUUUAUCCCACAUACUGUAAAAGGAUUCAGUGGUCAGGCAAAGAAAGCUUCUUAGAGAUUAAACUAAAUGACACAAUGAUGGAUGCUGAUGAUAUGCGGGAAUUGCACUAUGAUCUAGUUAGAAUGAGAGGCACCAAGCAGUAUCAUCCCUUAGAAGAGGAUGAAAUUACAAUUUUCAAGAAAAGACAAAAAAGUCAACACCAAGCAUUUGUUUUCAUAAAGGAUGUCAUAUCUCACUUCAUCUUUUUGAUCCUUAUUUUAAACAUUGCUUACUCAAUGGAAAAUACCACUAGUUUCUAUUACAAUCAAGAGAUUCAUAACAAAAUCUCUCUAGGACUCUCAGAUGUCAAUAAAGUAGAGGGCAUUUACACCUGGCUGAGAAAUGUCUUCCUGCCCUUGAUUCACAACGAAAAACAACCAACCUAUCUUUUGCAGACAUGGUCAAAAAUUGUUGGUGUGCCCAGAAUGCGGCAGGUGAGAGCAAAGAAUACUACAAAAGAAUGCUUCUACCCACAUAGUUUUGUGAAUAAAUUUGUGAUCAGUAAAAGCCACUGCCUUCACAAGUAUGGUACUGACAAAGAAGAACAAAGAGAUCAUCUUGGGACUUGGACAAACCCAGUGAAUAAAUCUGUUUCUAAUAAAUUCAGCUACUUCCCAGGCUUCAUUUAUCAGUUUGUCACUGAUCCGUGGAAAUACAGUACAUAUGGAGAACUAAACACAUAUGGAGCCGGAGGCUACACAUUUAAUUUUUAUACAGAAGAACAAAUGCCCAAUUCAACAAGUAGAAUUGAUGUUUUAGAAAGCAGCAACUGGCUUGAUGAAAAUACCUGGGCACUAAUAGUUGAGAUGACAACUUUUAAUUCAGAUGUAGAUUUAUUUUGCAGUAUAUCAGUUGUAUUUGAAAUUUCUCAUUUGGGCCCUGUUAACACAACCUUGUGGAUCCAUUCCUACAAACUUCCAAUUUUCAAGGAGCUAAGUAAGAGGGAAAAGUUUGUUUACAUAGCUGUGGGUUGUAUGCUUGUUUUUUAUAUCAUUGAUGAAUUUUCUGUGGUAGAACGACAACAGCUAAAAUACUUGAAAGAAGUUUCAAAUUUAAUUAAUUUUGGAAUCAAGGCUGUGUGUUUGUUUUUUCUGCUACAGCUUGCCUUCAAAUUUAAACUGGCUCCAAGCCUAAUAGAGUUGCAUUUGUUUCAGCCAGGUAAAUUCAUUCCAUUUCAUAAAGUUUCUCAUCUCGAUAAAACUCUGCGGAUAACUCUAGGUUUUUUGACAUUUCUUAUAGUUUUGAAAACUCUUCGGUAUUCCCGAUUCUUCUAUGAUGUACGUCUAGCUCAACGAUCUAUUUUAGCAGCUCUUCCUGGCAUCUGUUCUAUGGCUUUAGUCGUAGCAGUGUACUUUUUUGUAUACAUGGCAUUUGGCUACCUAGUAUUUGGCCAGUAUGAAUGGAACUACAAUACAAUGACCCAUUCUGCUCAGACAGUAUUCUCUUAUUGUGUUUCAGCUUUCAAGGACACUGCCUUUAAAUCCAACAGAGUGCUGGGGGGGCUCUUUUUAGCUUCAUUCAUGAUAGUGAUGAUCUGUGUUUUGAUAAAUUUGUUUCAAGCUGUCAUUAUGUCUGCCUACGAGAACAUGAAGCAACCUGUCUAUGAAGAACCUUCUGAUGAAGCAGAAGUGGUGAAUUUUCUGUUUCGUAAGAUCCAGAAGAUAUGGUUUUUUGUAACCUGCAGGAAAGCAUCUACAGCUGAUACAGAAUUUUUCAACAGAGUUCUCUUUGGGUAUCCUAAACAGAGAAGCACACACCACCUAGGCCUCAAAGCCAGAAAAAUUAAUGGUCGGAAAAGUGUUUAUCUUGUACUUUGAUUCUCCUCUGGUUUUGAAUGCAAUCAUAUCAAGUGGGGGGAAGUAAAGUAAAUGAAAUCUGUAAAGAAAACGGGGAUUGCCCAAACGAUGAAUGGAUGCUAAUGCCUAUUUAGACUGUUUUUCCUUGCCUCCUCUUGUACUUGCUAGUUUAUGCAUAGCAUGUCAUUAUGAAAUAAUUACACUUAAUUAACAGCAAGCAUUCACAUAGCUAUUCUGUGUGAAGAAACAGUAUAAUUGAUUUCCAUUUUCUUUCACCUCCUUGCACUAUUUUAACAUCUUUUAUUAUGUGAAUUAUGGCGAGAAUAAACGGAGGAUGGAUGUUAACAACACUGCAGGAAGGGAUGGAAAAGAAACAUUUUAUAUACACAUCCUACCUUUUCAAAGCCUGUAUUUUUUCUCCACUACCUUUUCCCCACUGAAUUCAUUUCUUAGCUUGCCAUUUCUGAAUAUGCAACAGCAUUUAACCUUCUAGAUGGGAGGGUGACUUGACAAGUUGCUUUAAGUCCUAUUUUUGC